CAUAAGUGUUGUUAUCGUGUGUAAGAGGCAGUAGUUUCGAAUUCAAAGAUGUCCUUGGAAAUGCUGCAAUGCGACCUGCUGCCUUGAGGUGUGGUCUGGUUCUGGAAGAUGGUGUUGAUACUGAAACAUACUCUCUUGGAGAAUCACAGAUUCUAAGUGGCCUGUUGUAUACGUGGACAAAAAUUCAUCAUCUUUCAUCAUGAAAUGUUUGAAAUAUGAUAAGUCAGCAGACAUGUGCAAAAUAAUUGACGCAAAAGUCAAGAAAUAUUAUCAUGCGUGUAAUGCUGCUUAUACAUCGUCCGAAACCUUCAAGAAGCUUCUGCAAACAAGAAUGGAACUGAUAGACAAGGAUCCUAAGAAUCUUUAUGUGUAUAUCAAAGAAGUUGUCGAUGAACUGAAACUGAGAGGUAAGAAAGAUCCACCAAGGAAAAAAAUAAAACUUGAAACAGAUUCACCGGAGAGUAGCAAUCUAGAAAAGCCGAUUGAAGAAGUAAAGGCAGUUAAAGAAGAACCACAUUUUCAAGAGAGAGCCGCAAAGAAAUUGAGCAAAAUGCUGCAUUGCCUUCAAAGAAGAAUCGCAAAACUAGAACAAAAAGAAGUAGACUGGGAUGAAGAAAAUGACUCCACGUACAUACAGUUACAAAGGUAUAAAGAGCGUGCAGUAGCAGUGUACAAAAAGCUGCAACAGUAUGAAUGUGGUGCCGUACCAAAACUUCAGGAGAGAAGAACAGUAACGUAUUCAGGAACUGCAUUUCCAAGUGUCAACCGUGCUAUUGAAAAGUAUGUGAAUAAAACAGGACAGUUCCCUGAUUAUCAAGAUGUUUUGAAACUUCUCAAGUCUGCAUAUGAGGAGGAGAAAAUGAAUAUUUCUCCUGAGAGGCUAAGGAACCAAGCUAAAGCAGCAUUCCAGACCAUUGGAGAGCAACUGCAGCGGCAGCGACAAUUCUCUACGUGGAAUGCACACUCAUAUUAUUUGGGUGAUAACAGGGAUCCAGCUGAAGACGACCAGGAGCUGGAUGAGAAACUUAGAGAGCACAAGAAGGAGUUUGGGAGUCGUAUAAAUGAGGUUAUUGACAAAUUUGCUGAUCAAACAAAAGAUAUUAUACCAGAAGAGGUUGCUGAUGAUGAAAUAGCAAGCAAAUCAGAGGAUGAAGAAGAGGAUGGUAGUGAAAAAGAGACUGUUGAUGGAAGUGAAACAGAAGAUGACUUUGUUGAUAAGAUUUUGGCAGAUAUGGAUAACAAUGACAAUGAUACCAGUGAAAAUGAAGAAGAAUCCAAUGAGGAGAGUGAUGGCAACGUGGAUAGAGAAGACCGACAGACAGAGGAAACUGUGUGUGAAGAUGAUAACAGCAAACAAGCAGAAAAUGAAGAAGAAAUUGUGGUAAUUCAUGAACAAAAAUCAGAACAUAAUACUGACAAUAAGGCAAAGUUACUUCGUGAAGCAGAAAGGAGCAAAAAGAAUGAAAAAUGUAAUUUGCUACAGGAAUCACCAAGAAGAGAACUUAAAGAGAGAGUGGUAAUUGCCACAGCUUCAAUCAAAGUUGAAGCACAUGGUAUGCCACAUAAAAUCGAUGUUAGGGUGUCAAAUUGUUCUUCUGAAAUGAGACCAUCUAAACUGCAGGACAGACAUAAUGGUAUGCUGCAAAAAUGUGAACAGUCCAAGAAUAAUACAUCAGAAUUUCAUUCACAUGAAUCAAAACAGGUGGAAAGGCACUUAACAACACAUCCAGAGAUUGAUACUGACAGUGAUAAUGAUGUCAUUAUCUUAGAGUGACAGUAAGCCAGUGUUUUUACCCACUGGGGAUGACAUUUGAAUACCAACCAAAUAUUUAACAUCAACAGUGCUUGCUUUGCACACGAAGGUUAUUUAAUCUUUAGUUGUAAGUUUUUAAUAUGUAUACAGUUAAUAUAUAUACAUUUGGUGCAGCUAGAAAGGGCACAUAUAUUAUUUUUUGCCCUUUGUAAUCAGGUGUGAUUUUUUAUUUGUGAUUUGUACAGAAAAUUUUAUUAGACUCGAUUUAUAUAUUGAAAGUAUAGGUUCUUGAAAACAGUCAUAUAUAUUUAUAUAAAGGGCUUGUACUGAAUUAAAUAAAAUACCGCCAUUCUGUCUAACAGAAGGUGGCAUAAUGGCAUGGUGAAAAGUUCUCAGCCGGGCAGUGAAAGUUUUGUGUUUCUGUUAAAUCAAAAAUGCUCUUUAUGCUUUGACAUAGUCGUAUUUUCAGUUAGUACCCUCUCUGUUAUGUUAUUCUAAUCCGUUUACAGCUCCCAUAACGUGUUUGGUGGAUUUGAAACAUUUUCCAGUAACAAACUGCUUCAGAUGUGGGAAAAGGUUAGUCAGCAUCAUACUUUUCACCCAUUUGCUGUUCAUAUUCCACAUCACUCUAUCUUAUUUUAUGGACUGACAAAUCAGGCUUCUCAGCAAAUUACGGUUCUUAAACUUCUCUUCUUCUGGGAUGACGUUUUGGGUAUGUCCUCUUUGCUCGAUGUCAGACUUCACUAUGUUCUUGUACCUGAGUUUUGGUCUACCUUUUGGUCUUUUGUUUCUGAUAUUCAGAUCAUAGAGUAGUCUCAUUAACCUUUAGCAUCCCUGCAUCACAUAUGCCCGUGCCAUCUCAGUUAUUAUGAGAUUAUUUUAUCUUGUAGGCGUACAGACUUGAGUCUGUUUUCAGAUUUCCUCAUUCCAGUUUCUAUCCCUUCAUUUCUUUCUGACCAUACUAUGAAGAAACCACCGCUUAACUGUCUCAAUUCUUCUGAAGCUUUUACUUCUUUCACAACAGUACAUCAAAAUGGACAUAUGAUAAUAUUAAAGGAGACAACUCACCGAAAGCAGUAGCAUUGAGUUGUCAAUAGACACUCACAAAAAGAAAGAAAACUUGCUAGCUUUUGGAGUAAUCCUUCUGUGAGCUAGAGUAAAAUUCACACACACACACACACACACACACACAUACACACACACACACACACACACACACAAAACAAACAAACAAACAAACACGUACUCACUUAUGCACCUAUUUUCCUACAGAGUGCCAGCUGGGCUCGCCUGCUCCAUGUAAGGGCAUAGACAUGUGUAUGUGUGCGUGUGCAUUUUUUGUGUGGCUUUUACUUUACCUCUUAGAAGGAUUAGGAUUAUUCUAAAAGCUUGCGAGUUUUGUUUCUUUUUGUGUGUGCCUCUACACGAGUCAACACUUCUGCUUUCAGUGAGAGGCUUACUUUAAUCCAAAAGUAUUUAUAUUCUAACAGUACUUUCCUACACCAUAUAAUAGGUUUCGUAGAUAACUCAGUUACAUUUUAAUGGUACUUUCUUAUCCCAUAUUAGGUCUUCAGCUGUUUGAUCGAAGUUAGAAUCUGCUUGAAUUCUGUGGGUGUGAUUUCUUUGUCUACACCAGUAUCGAAAAGAACACUACCAAGAUAGUUAAAACAGUAGGUUAUCUGUUGUUUCCCUCCAGUUCAACAUGUCCUACUGGUUGCCCAUAUCUUUUCAUGACCAUUGCCUCACUUUUCUCGUGGCUGAAAAUGAGACCACAUACUUUAGCAGCUUCUGCCCAGGUGUUUAUUUGAUCUUGAAGGCCUUAUUUAGAGUUGUUCCGCAGAAUAUACAUCAUUGGCAAACAAAAUGGUUUUCAGUUUUUCGUUGCCGAUGAUUUGGUGUAAUUUUCUCUAUAUCUUUUUCAUUUCCAUAAUGAAAAGAAGAGGAGACAGAACUCCAUCUUGCCUUAACCCAUACUUCAUGUCAAAGAUUUUAGCCAUUCCCACAGGUGUUUUGUCUUUACUGUGGGUAUCUUAGUUCAAAUUAUUGAUCCUGUGUACCAUGCCAUCUUAUAUUCCACUUUUCUUCAGUGUUUCCCACAUAUAUUCCCUGUUCACAACAUCAAACACCUUCUUUAUAUCCUGGAAGGUGAAUCAUAGGUCUAAUUUGUGUACAUGGUAUUUUUUCAUUAAUUAGCGGAGAGCAAAAAUUAAAUCAGUUGUUGACCUUCAUUUCCUGAAUCCAUAUUGUUCUUCCAAGAGUUUUCUUCAAUGAGGGGUGUGAUCUUAUGUUCUACAAUUUCUUCAUAAUGUUCACACACUUGAGAUGUGACAUUGAUACCUCUGUAGUUACAAUAUUUUGUUCUAUCAGUGUUCCUGAAAAUUGGGAUAAUGAUGCUAAUUUUCCAGUCAACAAAUAGACCUAUCUUCCUUUUUCCCAUGUGUCUCAAACUUUCAGUGGAUUCCUUGUUUUCCAGCAACUCUUAUGGCUUCAAUCAUUUCACCAUGUAGUAAAUUUGGUUUUUUGGUAGGUAGUUUAUUUUUUAAAGUUUAGGGGGACAGGAACUCGUGAAUGAGACUACCCCUGAUUUUCGAUCCGAAGUAAAAUUGCCAAAAGAAAAUUUAUUUCUAUGUGAACAAAUUUCUAUUAAAGUUUUCUAAGUCGCCAAAAGAAAGUGUUUUUAAUGCAGUAUUGAGAAUGUAACUUUUCACGACCGUAUCGGGCAAUAUGGGUCAAUUUACUACAGAAAUAACAACCUUGGAUAAUUUUUGAGAUUUAACAGAGUGAAUUUGCUUUUAGAAUCCCUUUUUACCUAAUUUUACAGUAGGCUGUGUAGAUCUUCGUUUUCUCUUGAUAGCUGCUGGUCAGGCUAUUGUCUCCGUUGAUUUUCUCCCUCCGAUUCUUGAAGUAGGUAGGUAUGGAAAUGAUUUUUUUCUAACUCUUGAUCUUGCUGUUUUCCAUAUUCAUUUAUUGCUUGUACUUAUUUACGACCAUACGAAAUUGAGUUGCAAUGAAAUCUGACAUUAUCGAAUCUUCAAACUGGUCAAUAUCAUUUACAAGAAUGCAUCAGUCACUUGCACUGUUCCUAUGAACUGCUCUAUGUGUUAUCACAGUAAGAGAUCUUAAUUGCAACUGCUGCCACUCUCGACUGGCGAACGUCUAUCAACGCUACUGCACCUCUUUGGUCAGAGAUAGCAAUGCCUUGUCUUUGCUGCUUCCGACCAAAGAGCACAUUUACAAGAAAAUUUAUUUAUUUAUUUUAAUAUUAAUUUACAAAAAUGAUAAUUUAAA